AUGGGUAAAAGUUUUGCUGACUACCAUCUAGCUGCAGACACUUCGGCAGUUGUGCACUAUGAUCAGCUAACAAAGGAAAUUGAGUGUGAGAGAAGUAUUGAAGUUCUAGUAGAGGAUCUUCUUAUGCCUUUCAAGUUAAAUGUUGAACAACGACAUGCCUAUGAUUUAAUUCUCCAGUCAGUUUUCUCUCCUCUUGGCCAAAGUUUUUUUAUUGAUGGCCCUGGAGGAACUGGUAAGACCUUUUUAUAUAGGUCCCUUCUUGCUACCUUGAGAUCUCAAGGACACAUUGCUAUUGUGGUUGCAACGUCAGGUGUCGCAGCCUUUAUUCUUCCAGGAGGAAGAACAGCCCACUCUAGGUUAAUCUUGUGGGACGAGGCUUCAAUGGCCAAACUAGAAACUGUUGAAGCCUUUGAUGAUUUGCUUAGAGAUAUAAUGGACCGUGACCUUCCAUUUGGAGGAAAAAAUAUACGAGCCAUCUUAGAUCCAGCAUUCUCAGAAUUCUUAUUGAGAAUAGGAGAAGGAAGAGAAACUGUUAAUAGACAUGGUGAAAUAACUUUAUCUUCUGAGAUGGUCAUCCCUUAUACUGAAAAAGAAGAAUCUUUGAACGGGUUGCUCAAAUCUGUAUUUUCAAAUUUAAUGACCUAUUCAAAAGAUCCUUAUAGUAUGAUCAAUAGAUGUGUCUUUGCUCCAAAAAAUAGUUCAGUUGAUGAAAUAAAUGACGUGAUGAUCAAAAGAUUUCCUGGAAAUCUUCAUGUCUAUGUCAGUUCUGAUAGAACUGUUGAUCCACGCCAUCAAGGAGACUAUGAAGAUUUUUUAAAUUCUCAAAAUCCAAAAGCACUUAAAGUCCUUAUUGUGCCUGGAACUUUUGAUGGCAUAAAAGUUGAUUGCAAGACUAGAAAUGUUGUGUUUGAGGAAAUACUUCAACUGACUGAACACUAG